AUGAUUUCCAUCCGACGAAUCCUACUGGGAACCGUCCUAGUCUGCUUGACUUGGUUCGGAGCCACCUCAUUACAUCGAUACCUCGAUCCGAACACACACAUAUCAGAGGAAAUGAGAGAGGAUGCGCGCUGGAUCGCUACAUCAAAACACUUCUUGGAUAGACAAUCAUGUAAAUGGCUUGGUCUCUGCGGGCUUGCUCACUAUCAUUCCGAUCCGGCUUGGAAACGUCGAUUAAAUAAAGUUGCAAGAGAUCAGAAGGUCAUGGGAGAUGAUGACUUGGAUGCAAGUUGGGUAGAAUGGGAUGAUGCCUACAAGAAUGCUCCCAAGAUGCGCCCAGACGAUUUGCAUGGCGAUGAUCGAGUGUUGAAAGAAGUUCCACAAUACGUUCUUGACCACGCACCUCUUGUACAUCUUUACUCGGGGGAGAAGUUCUGGCCUGCGGACAUCGAGGAACAUUUAAAUCAUGUCACUCCUUACGAAAAUCAUACUUCACUACAUAUGAAUACUUCCGAACAUACAUUGCACAAUUUACAUCUACUGAACGAAGGACGCAGAGGUCGACUUUUAUUUAUGCAAAGUAAAGACGAUGUGGAAGAUAGACCCAGGUGGCUUGGGAGUGCUUACAACAAACCUAUACCUUAUGAAGAUGAAAUCAAGCAUGAUGAGGAUUGGGAAACAGUAGAAGAGGAAGAAGAGAAGGAGUUCAUUGAGACUAAAGAAGAUGGCCAGGAAGCCUGGGACGAUGCGAGUGAUGAAGAUAGGAUGAAUAUUGUCGCACCAUUUGAGCCAACCUUUCGCGCACAACCUCAAAUUACCAGACAGCGCAAGCGCAAUUUGAAGAAGCGUGGAGAUUCUUCCGGUAAACCAGAUCAAUCAGGAUAUUCCCCAGCUCCGGCGACAUUGAUUAUUGUGGACAAAGGACAUGGUAUCGUGGAUGCGUUUUGGUUUUACUUUUAUUCCUACAAUCUUGGCACAACCGUUUUGAAGAUGCGAUUUGGAAAUCACGUUGGUGAUUGGGAACAUUCUCUCAUUCGAUUUCAUAACGGUGUACCGAAAGCUGUUUUCUUCUCUGCCCAUUUUGGUGGGUUGGGAUAUCAUUACAAAGCAGUUGAGAAAGGUCAAGGCCCAGGAAGAGAAGGAAGACCAGUCAUUUAUAGUGCCGUGGGAUCUCAUGCAAUGUAUGCGACUCCCGGUACACAUCCAUACGUUUUACCAUUCAAACUUCUCGCAGACGUCACAGACAAAGGACCGAUCUGGGACCCCGUCCUUAAUUACCGAGCCUAUUUCUUCAAUACUUCUCUCACUCACAAUGUCGAUGCACGAUUCGCAACCUCGAAUUUUCCAGCUCAAACAAUGGCUGAUUCAUUUCAACCCGCGGCACAGAAUCCAGAUGCACCCACGGGUUGGUUUUGGUUCAAUGGCCAUUGGGGAGAUAAAUUUUAUGAAUUGUCUGAUUGGAGACAGUGGAGAUUUGUGGGUCAAUAUCAUUAUGUGAAUGGACCACUUGGACCGAAAUUCAAAAAUUUGGGGAGAAGUAGAGUUUGUCAAUCGGGGCUGAAAUGUAUUUUGGUGGAUAGUUUGGAAAAGGGGAAACAUAGGAGUUGGGUUGGGUAG